AUGCCGCCCCACCAGGAGGUCGGAGGCGCGAAGGACUACGGCAAGGUCAAGAGAGCCAAGCCGGACCUCCGCGGCCCUGACAUGGAGUGGCGGUACGCCUUCCUCAGCAAGCACGCGGAACGCCAGGCCGCAGUGCCUUCAGAUGAGGAGGAAGGAUUCAGGUACUUUUUCAGGACGUCCAGGAGUACCUUUGACUACAUCUGCUCAAUCGUAAGGGAUGAUUUGACCUGGAGGCUGCCGUCUGGGCUGAUCCGCAUUGACGGGAGGCUACUUAGUGUGGAGAAGCAAGUAGCAAUUGCUAUGAGGAGGCUGGCAUCCGGUGAUUCCCAGGUGUCGGUGGGAGCUGCUUUUGGCGUGGGACCGUCUACUGUUUCGCAAGUGACAUGGAGGUUUAUCGAGUCAAUGGAAGGGAGGGCUCAGCAUCAUCUGGCGUGGCCGGACCAGGAGACGAUGGACGAUAUAAAAGCUAACUUUGAGGUGGUGUCCGGUCUUCCAAAUUGUUGUGGCGCCAUUGAUGCCACACACAUACUUAUGACGCUUCCUGCUGUUGAGUCAUCGGAAAACUGGCGCGACCAUGCAGGGAACUACAGUAUGAUCCUGCAAGGGAUUUUUGACCAUGAGAUGCGAUUUAUUGAUAUUUGCACCGGUUGGCCUGGCGGCAUGACAGUUUCCCAAUUGUUGGAAUUCUCUGGAUUUUACAAGUUCUGUGAGGCUGGGGAACGCUUGGAUGGUCCUUCCCAAGUUUCAAGGGAGGGUGCACAAAUAAGAGAGUUCAUCGUUGGUGACAUGUGUUAUCCUCUACUCCCGUGGCUUAUGACCCCGUAUGAAGGAGAAAGUCUGGCUGUCCCAAUGGUCGAUUUUAAUGCCCGGCAAAAAGCGGCAAGAAUGCUUGGAACAAGAGCGUUGGCACGGCUGAAAGGCUCGUGGAGGAUCUUGAACAAAGUCAUGUGGAGACCUGAUAAGCAUAAGUUACCGAGUAUUAUUCUUGUCUGCUGUCUCCUUCACAAUAUAAUGAUAGAUCGCCAAGACCAACUGCUCCCAUCUCUUGAACUUCCAGCUCAUCAUGAUACCGGUUAUAACGAAGUGAUCUUUCAGAAAGAGAACCCUAUCGGUAAAGUUAUGAGGGAGGUCACUACAGAAUAUCUUCCAUGGAUGUGAGGCUAUUGAAUUGAACAAGCCGACUGGAAGUAUUGUGUGAGAUGCAAUGACGCAUAUUUGUUUACUUUUCUGUUAUUUCCUCGGUUAGCUUUGAUGUAAUCAAACUUGCUGUUUACCUGUAACCUCUCCAGGAUUUGUGUGAGAAAACAACUACCGUCAUGCUUGAGUUAA